UUAUUGUUAUUGAAUAAUAAGUGAAGGAAAAAAGUGUACUAUUUAUUAUUGAUUUAUAAUUAUUGACAGCUUUCAAGUAGGUGGACACUACCGGAUGUGGGCGGUGGCAAGUGGGAAGCAAACCGGUGAAUGAGAGGCUCGAGCCCACGGUAGACAAGGAAAAAAAAGGGUUGUAAACCCACACCCCGCAAAAUCGGGAAAACGAAGGAAAAUAGAUAGGAAAGGGGAGGGAAGAGCUAAAGAAAAAGCAGUGUCAGAUUCAGACGCGAGCGUCGGACUCGGGGUGGAUUUUAUGUCCAUUUUGGCAUCCCAAUGACUCGUCCCUCUUCGAUGAAGAGGCUUCAGGAUCAACGGUUGAGAUCUGCCAAGCCCACCACCAUUCAUGGGUUUGCUCAAUCCGGGGAUCUUGUUGGUCUCCAGAAGUUGCUCAAGGACAAGCCUUUUCUUCUCAACGAGAGAAACCCUGUUAUGGCACAGACACCUUUACAUGUUUCUGCCGGAUAUGAUAGGGCUGAGAUAAUUAAGUAUUUGCUUGACUGGCAAGGACCAGCAAAGGCUGAGCUGGAGGCCAAGAAUAUGUAUGGGGAAACUCCAUUGCAUAUGGCGGCCAAGAAUGGAUGUAGUGAGGCAGCACGAUUGCUUCUUGCUCAUGGUGCUUUCAUUGAAGCCAAAGCUAAUAAUGGAAUGACACCAUUACACCUUGCUGUUUGGUAUUCGAUUCGAUCUGAUGACUAUGCAACUGUCAAGACACUACUUGAGUACAAUGCUGAUUGCAGGGCUGAGGACAAUGAGGGAAUGACUCCUAUAAAACAUCUUUCAAAAGGCCCUGGAAGUGAGAAGUUAAGCGAACUAUUGCACUGGCACCUUGAAGAGCAGCGCAAGAGAAGAGCGCUUGAAGCAUGUGGUGAAACAAAGGCUAAGAUGGAUGAACUUGAAAAGGAACUGUCCAAUAUCGUGGGCUUGCAUGAGCUGAAAGUACAACUUCGGAAAUGGGCAAAGGGAAUGCUCUUGGAUGAAAGACGCAGGGCCCUUGGGUUGAAAGUUGGUGCCAGAAGGCCUCCUCAUAUGGCAUUCCUUGGCAAUCCGGGGACAGGAAAGACCAUGGUAGCCCGGAUUCUUGGGAAAUUACUCCAUAUGGUGGGAAUUCUACCUACUGACAAGGUAAUAGAAGUGCAACGGACAGAUUUGGUUGGUGAAUUUGUUGGACACACUGGGCCAAAGACAAGGAGAAAGAUCCAAGAUGCAGAGGGAGGAAUUCUUUUUGUUGAUGAAGCAUAUCGGUUAAUACCCAUGCAAAAGGCAGAUGAUAGGGACUAUGGAUUGGAGGCCUUGGAAGAGAUCAUGUCUGUAAUGGACAGUGGAAAAAUUGUAGUCAUAUUUGCUGGGUAUUGUGAACCAAUGAAGCGUGUAAUUGCUUCUAAUGAAGGGUUCUGCAGAAGAGUGACAAAAUUUUUUCAUUUUAGUGACUUCAACUCUGAAGAACUAGCCAAGAUCCUCCAUAUCAAGAUGAAUAAUCAAACAGAGGAGAGUUUGUUAUAUGGAUUUAAGUUGCAUAGUUCUUGCAGUUUAGAUGCAAUAGCAAGACUAAUAGAGAGAGAAACAACAGAAAAGCAGCGUAAGGAGAUGAAUGGAGGUUUAGUUGAUCCAAUGCUAGUUAAUGCUAGGGAGAACCUUGAUCUUAGGCUCAAUUUUGAUUGUAUAGACGCUGAUGAACUGGGUACUAUAACCUUAGAAGAUCUUGAAGCAGGCAUUCGGCUUUUAACACAAUGAGACAGGGUUUCAAUCAAAGCUGAGAAGCAUGAAUAUAUUCUUUUAUCAUUUCUGGUGACCUUGAUGGGAUCUCGUCAAAUCAAACUAGAAGGUUUCAUCCGUUAUAUUCUUCCAAGUAUCUUUGUCGGUUAGUUUGAACUGCUGCUGAGAACUCAAAAGCUGAGUGGGUGGGCUUAUAUUAUUCUUGUAGUACUUUCAUUUCCUUGCUACUUCAUUCCUUGGUGGCAACAAUUGAUGAAAUCAUACAUAUCUAUUGUUCCCCAGAAGGGCAUUCUUUUUUGGGUCAUGUAAUAAGAGUAUUCAUUUGGUUUACAGGGCAGUAAUAAAUUUCAUUUCCACUACCUCUGGUGGAUGCUUCGGUUGUUUCUUUACGGAAUUUCUGUUCAUUUUGUCUUGUUUUACCAACCAGUAAUUCAUGUCUGAGUUCCUUCAUUUUGGUGUGAGCUUGUGAUUUCCUUGCUGUGAUUACCGAGAAUAAUUUUUUUCAGCAUAAGUACAAUUCUUUUAUUUAUUGAGAAAAAAAAAAGCAAAAAAGAAAAACAAUAUUGUGAA